AACCGAACACGCCAAACUAGAUGGGACUAGACCUCAAGAGAAUUGAGUAGUAAAGUAAACGGAAUUGAAGGAGUAGGAAGAGAAUUUAGAAUUAAGGUAUAAUUUGGGAGUGGUAGACGAUUACUGGAGAAGCUUCGGCGCUUACCGAAUAAGUGAAUAGCAGAGGCAGUGAUACGAACGAGAGGAUUAGGGGAAUUACAUUGUAGGCUGUUGGAAGAGAUCAUAGAAGUCGAGUAAAGUGAAAGAUAAUGAUGACGAUUAGCAGCAACAGAAUUAGCAAUAAGGAUGAUGAAGCUGAUGAUGACAAACAAAGGGAGUGGUCGGAUCUCUGUGAGGACCUCUUGUCUUCCAUACUCUCACGGUUAGCCAUUGGAGACCAUCUUACUUUCAAGUCGGUAUGUAAAUCGUGGAAAGCAGCAACUCUGCAUCCUCUUCCGUCAUCACUGUCAUUACUUGAUCACUGCCCGCAUGAUAAGGCCUCAUACCAUGACCUGUAUCUCAUGUACUUCACCAGAAAAACCGGCUUCUUCAACUUCCACGAUCCAACACGUAAUGCCACUUAUUCACGUAGCAUUCCUCCCUUGUUGGAUGAUGAAAUUGGUGAAGUUGAACUUUUUUACGCAAGUCGUGGCUGGUUGCUUCUUGGUAAAGGUAGGCAGUCAUAUUUUUUCUAUAACCCGUCAACCAAGGUUAAAAUAGACCUCCCUGACACGCUUGAACCGUUGGAGUGGGCAUGUUUUUCUGGAUCACCAACAUCUGCCUGGUGUGUAUAUGGCAUUUAUAGCUGCCAUACAUCUAUCACUUUAAUUGCAACGUUAAAAUUGGGUGAGACACGUUGGUCAAUGUGUUUCCCUCAGAAUGUAGGAAACAAUUUUUUUUGGUUCCAAUUGCUCCCCUGUUGUGCGCAAUGGAUUCAUAUAUGUUCUAGGGGAAUCUGGAAAUCUAGGAAAGUUUUGGCUUACGUCCAAGGGGUUGGAGGAACUGUGUGACUGGAAGAUCAUUGGCAAGCAUAAUAAAAACCAGUUUUUAAAAUUUCAAGAUCGGUUUCUCUUGGAGAGUGACGGCAAUCUAAUAUGUGUUGCAACUCUUGAGGGCGGUGAAGUUCGGGUCUUGAGGUUCGAUGAUUAUAAUAACAUUUGGCGGAAGAUAGAGAAUCUGAAUGGGAAAUCAUUUUAUGUUUCUCACAGAACAUCCAUAUCACGGAAAACAACCUUUAGCGGGACAGGAAACAAGAUCUUCUUUCCGAGGUUCUACGACGGUAAAGGGUUGUUUUAUUGCCUUGCAUCGAAGAAGUGGCACAACUUUCCCAAGAGUUUUUCAAGUGAAAAUUAUUACAACACAAGAGGAAUAGUUCACUGCGUUUGGACUGAACUUCCUCAUCUUUCUGGGUGUGUUGCAUAAUCUGCAUUUAGUUUCAUUCAUUGAAUUGUUUUGUUUCUUUUAUGGAGUUUUUUCCAAAAAUAAUGUUAAAUAAAAAAAUAAUUCCAAAAAUAUGGUUAAGUUAAAAGUAUUUCCCAAAAUACUGUUCCCCUAAACCUGAGUUAAAACAACCGCCACUUGAAGUGGCGGCUUGCCGGCUUAUGCCAAAACGAGUAAUGUGCGCUGAAGGAGGCCAAAGAAGUAACGAACAUUGUCAUAUUGAGGUAGGGGUAGGGCCCCACAAAAAUUAAAAAUCUCAUUUUAAUUUCAAAGUGAUAAAACUUUAAGUGGCGGUUCUUUUAACUCAGGUUUAUGGGAGCAAUAUUUUGGGAAAUACUUUUAAUCUGACCAUAUUUCGGGAAUUAUUUUUUUAUUUAACAUUAUUUUUGGAAAAAAACUGCUUUUUAUGUCGUUUUCUUUUAAUUAAAAAAAAAAACUACUAUAGUACACAAGAGGAUGUACAAAUUUUCAUAUAAUUAUUUUAGGGAAAUCACAUUUUCAAUCCUUCAAAAAUCCUUUCCCAAUUUUGAAAUAAGGGGGCUAUAUUUUCUAUAUAGGUAUUUUUUGCAAAAGGGAGUUAACAUGCUCUUCUACUAUUUCAAAUCCAUCCCCUAAUCCCCUGUAUUACAAAAAGCAUCUUAUGAGUAUGUUUACUUUGAGAACACAAUCAUUUAAGUCAAUUCAUAAAUUAUGAAAAUUCAUAAAUUUUGAAAAAAUCUUAUAAACUUGAAAAAAUAUAAUAAUAUAUAAAUUCAUUAAAAUAAAAUAAAAAAAAUAUUAAAUAAAUAAUCUAAAAACUUUUAAAAAAGGUGUAAAGUUAAAAACAAAUCCAAAAAUGGCAAAACAUAGAGAGUUAGACAUUAUUAAAUUGUUCAGAUGUUUUAUUUAUAUUUAUUUAAAAUUUAACAUUUUUUAGGAUUUUAUAAAAUGAAAACCUGCUAUUACAAGUUAAAAACCGAUUACAUGGCUGGAUCGAAGUAUUUUUUGAAUGGCUAAAGGGUCAAAUAGGUACAUGAACUAACUUAAAGUGUUC